AUGACGAGGGCACUGACAGUAGACGCCAUUCUGUUCGGGAUUCUGGUGUUCUCAGGCAUUGUGGGAAAUGUCCUGGUCAUCUACGCGGUGUUCCAGUGUGCUCUGGACAGUCCCUCCCACCACCUGCCCCCGUCGGACAUCAUCCUGCUGAACCUUUCCCUGGCCAACCUGCUGACCUCGGUGUUCCGCACCGUGCCCAUCUUCAUCUCCGACCUGGGCCUGAACAUAUAUCUGGAUGCAGGCUGGUGUCGCGUCUUCAUGCUGCUGUGGGUGUGGUGGCGUGCGGUGGGCUGCUGGGCCACCCUCACCCUCAGCGUCUUCCACUACACCACCCUGAAGCGCAGACGGGUCAGUACGGGCCCGCAGGCGCUGAGGCGGGACCGCAUGCGGGUCUGGGGCACUUUGGGGCUAGUGUGGGGCGCCAAUUUGGUGUUUUCGUUGCCAGCGUUGGUCUACACGACUCACGUGCGCGGAAAUGUUACGAUUGAAGUGAUGGUGAUUAGCUGCACUACACGCCCCCUGCUGGGCUGCACGUGGGACUUCCCAUCAAAGGACCAGGGCUCCACGUUCGCCUCCGUCUCAUUGGCUCUAAACGAGGUUCUGCCCUUGCUGCUAAUGGUGGGAACCAAUCUGGCAACCCUGCACUCCCUGGCUAAGCACAUCCGGGCCGUCACUUCAGGACCUGAGAACACAGUGGCGGCUCACGUGAGCAACGAGAGGAAGGCGGGUCACGUGAUCAUGGCGCUGGUGACUCUGUUCGUGGCCUGCUGGGUAAUGCAGGUUGCCGCGGUGACGUAUUAUAACUAUGAUGGCGGGAGGCAUACAGAGGACUUGCUGACCGUCUCGCAGUUUUCAGCCUCGCUGUUUGUGGGCUUCAGCCCCCUGGUGGUGGCUCUGGGGCAUGGCAAGCUGCGCAAAAAGCUAAUAGCUAUGGUGCAGGUGUGGGCACUGAAGGUCAGCUGCAGGGACGCAGCAAGGACAGUGGAACACCAGAGGGCGCCAGAGAGCAAGAGCACGAAUGACACAAUGGUAAAAUAAGGAGUUUUUAAUAUA